CUAGGAAAAUUAAAAUAAAAGAUUGAAACUUUUUUCCCUUGUAAUUAUUACCAUUUGAAGAUUUUGACAAAUACGAGAAGCCCUCAAAGAGGCAGAGACAGAAGUAGUUUGACUCAGAAUCUGUAUGUGCGAUAACUACUCUCCUCCCCCCAAAAAUGGACCCCCCAGAAACCAAAACCUUCCUCUCUUGUUUUUUCGGUUAUUCCUUCAUGGGUCCUGGUGCUUGGGAGGCCAAGGCCAUGAAAAAGAACACACUGUCCUUCCAAGUAUGGUAGUUUUGGUCAUUUGAGAAGAUUACUAUAGCACCUUUUCGUGCUAUGGUCCAUGAGUUCCAUGUAAUAUGGGACACCACAAAAAAUACAAAUCAACCAAACAUGUCUUUGGCACCACCUAUAUAUAACUUAGUUUUGAAGCUUUUUUCAGUUAUUCUUGGCCCUUUUCUGCCUAACGUAUCACCUUUCUUCAGCCACCAUGUCUCUGUUCCAUUUAAUAUUUUUGUUCUGGGUCUCUUUGUCUUUAAGCUGUUCAGUGAUUCUUGUUUCUGCUGCUUGGUUCUCACAUCACUUUUUCCAGCAACAGAAUCGAAAAUUCGAGCAGAAAACAGAUAGGUUCUGGGAGUUCAAAGAGCAAACCAACAGUUGGGUUGAAGUUGAAUUGCCUUAUGAUCUUGUGAAUUGUGUUAAUGAUGUCUGUAAGAAAGUGGGAUCGAUUGAUCGAACUGGCAUCGAUAAGCAUGUCCCGGAAAAAGGAGGAUAUGAUGUUACUGGAAAAAGGGAGAGUUCAAGAAAGAAAGAUGAUGGCUUUGGAGGUGUUGAUGAGAUUUCUGAUAUUGUUCCUAAUCUUCCCCUAAGCAAGAGAAUUUCGUUGACUAAAAUGUCUGAUACAUCAAUUUGGAUCACCGGUCAAAGUGGGUCAAUUUAUGAGAGGUUUUGGAAUGGAGUUCAGUGGGUCAUGGCACCCCAUGAUUUACCAAUAUCAGCUGGGCACGCAAUCUCUGUUUUUAUUGUCAACCAGACGAUUCUUGCUUUGUCUGAAUCAGGAAAUCUGUAUCAGAUGCAACUCAGUGAGAGCUCUCAACCAGUGUGGGUAGAGCUUAAACCGACAGUGGAUCAAACCGGCGAUACAGAUGGAGAACAAAGUUCUACUCUGUUAAUCAAGUCUGGUGUUGUUUCACAUGAUGGACUGAGAGUUUACUUCUGCACUAAAAAUGGGACAUUGUUAGAACUUAGUGAGUCUGAACCUCCUAGAUGGGAAAAUCAUGGACGUCCACCGGGUGCAAACGUUGCAGCAAUAGCCGAUGCUGCUACCAUUAGAACAGAUGUUGUGUAUACCAUUAGUUCUAUAGGAGCUAAAGUGAUCAUGCAUUUCAGUUCUAUAGGAGAACUUUAUGAAUAUGAUAGAAGCUCAAAACCACCAUGGAAGAAGCAUAUAUGGAGACAAGGAAGAGCAGCCCAAGAUGCUUCUCUGAUGCCAUCAAUGGGAAGCACUUUGCACGGCUUGAGUGGAGAUCAUUCUGUGGCCUUGUUUCUUUUGACAAAGGGUGGUAAUUUGGUAGAGAGACGGCUGCACCAGAGGAAGUGGAAAUGGGUGGUGCAUGGAAGUCCAAAAGGACAGCACUUGACAUCAAUCACACAAGUCCUGCCAGAUGACUUAAAUGAAAAAUUCUUUUCACUGUUUGUUACUACCUCUUCUGGAUCUGUUUCUGAGUACCGAAUAUCAAAACAGGCAGGUAUUUCUCAGGAGAAUCAAAAUACUGAAGCAUGGGUGAAUCAUAAGCAUCCUCAAAAUGCGAAAGUUGCAAGAAGUGUUGCUGGACUUCACCUUCAAGUUGGCAGGAUAUUUUUUCCGUUGGAUGAUGGAAGACUUGCAGAGCUGCAUCCAUCAGGCCUAGGUGGUGAAAAUGCAGGGCCAAAUCUUCAAGUAAACUUCCGGCGAAAAGCGACAAUCAAAUACAUGUGGUCAAUAUUAGAUGCUCCAGAGUCUGAAGGCUGGAAUGCUGAGUAUUGCACAGAAGAGCGUGGACCCACAAAUUGCAUCAUAGGCACUAAAGAUGAGCUAAAUGAUCUAGCAACAACAAGAUCAAUGACAAAAAGGCGUAAAGGAAGCCAAAUCCAGCAAGAUUAUUUAUCUCCAGCUGCACCAGCCAGUGGGACAAUGAAAUCAUUGGAUGAGUAUAGUCUGCCAGAUAACUGGAUCAACACAAACUUUCGUCUCAGAAUGAUGCACGAAGGCAGAUCAUUCUUCCUCAUCACCGACGAUGGUUUUACAUUUGAAUAUCUGUUUGCUGAAGAUGUAUGGAUAUGGCUGAGGCAUGAGCAUUCAACAGCUAUUAAAGGUGCACUAGGAACUUACAAUGGAAGUUUAUACGUCGUUGACAUGCAUGGGAGUGUGCUUAUAAGAGAGAGGACUAAAAAUGAGCUAACAUGGAUAAAUUGCACUGCUUUGAGGAAAGGAAAACAAGUUAUUGCUGGCCCUCCAUGGGAUGAACUGCCAGGCAGAACUAUGAAAGUCACACCAGAAGAUGCACUCUUCUUCGUUAGCAAAGCUGGAAGACUAGUGCAAUUGACAGUUGCAUUGAGGAAACUAGAAUGGAAAGAUUGCAGAAACCCUCCCGAUACUAAAAUUGCAUGUAUAAUAGACAAGGAACUAUUCAGAGAAAAUAUAGUGUUUGUUGUUGGCAGGAAUGGUAGGCUAUAUCAGUAUAACAAAGUGACUGAACUGUGGCAUGAGCAUUACCAAUCUCAACAUCUGGUUCUGUCUAGAUUACCAGGAACUGCAAUGAGGCCCUCAUCACAAUCUCUGACAGGCUCACUUUUCAUGCUCUCAGAAGUUGGAGGACUUGUUGAAUAUCACUGGAAUGCAUUGGAUGGAUGGAAUUGGGUGGAACAUGGAACACCACAUAAAGGUGUAACAUUGGUAGGAUCUACAGGCCCAGCCUUUGAUGGUAACCAACUGUUUUUGAUUGGUUCAGAUGGAAAUGUUUAUUUGAGGUACAUGGAUCAAGCUAUAUGGAAGUGGAAAAACAGUGGUUUCCCAACUAUGGAAAAUCUGAAUGUUGAAGAUCAAGUAAAAGAGGGAGUGGAUGAAAUAAAGCAAGAAGUUUGUGCUGCUGAAGAAGAUUCUAAUAGUAACGAUUUCAACAAUCAUUGUGAUCCGAAGGUGGCAUCAAUAAGACCAAUUCCUUUCUCUGAUGAUUCAGUAAUCUUUGAGUUGAAAGAUGGCAGACUCGCAGAAAUGGAAAGGAUACAAGACAAACAAUGGGUUUGGAAGCGGAUCAUUGGCACUCCUACAAGUUUGUGCCUGGCAAAUUAUUGGACUGCUUUGGCUGCAUGACUUAUGAAAUACAACACACUUCAAAAAGCAGACACAUUUUAGAUGAGAGAUACUGUACAUAUAUACAAUGUGUAUGUGUGUGUGUGUGUAUAUAUAUCUACGUAAGCGAAGACCUCAAUUGAAAAAUAUAUAUAUAAAUACAGUUGAAUGCCUGAA